GGCCCAGACCAAAUGGGCUUCAGUUCCCACAUCAAGUUCUAAUUCCGCUCAGUUCAAAACCCUAAAAAUCAUCAGCCGAAACCCCCUCAGUUUCAGUUUCUAAUUCGACAUCUCCUUCUGCAAGAUUAGGAGAUUCUCAAUUUUUCUUCAACAGUGACUUCAAGUCUUGAGCAAAUGGCUGCGAGAAUUCUUGCAAACUUGAUUGUAAUGGGCUCUGGAAUAUUGGGAAGGGCUGUAUUUCAGGCAUACCGCCAGGCUCUUGCAAAUGCUUCAAAAUCUGGUGUAGCUCAAGAAACACUGCAGAAUAUCAGGAGAGCUAGCAAAAUUAUGGCUGAACCAGAGGCUAGGCAGAUUUUAGGGGUCACAGAGCAUUCAUCAUGGGAGGAAAUCUUGAAGAAAUAUGACAACUUGUUUGAGCAAAAUGCUAAGAAUGGAAGCUUUUACCUUCAGUCAAAGGUUCAUCGAGCUAAAGAAUGUUUAGAAGCAGUCUACCAAAAGAAAGCUCAGGGUACCCCAGAUAUAUAACUAGUGGAAGUCGUUACUCUCAUGCUGAUCGCUCAAUUCAGCUAUCCUAAUACUUUGUGAUCUCCAUGAGCUCAAAGAAAUCAGGAUUUUUUUUCACCUCUUGUGCUGGCACUGUGCUGAAUGCUGAUAUGCAGUACUCAAAUAGAUUAAUUAUAGUCUAUAUCAGAUGUUGCAUUGCAACCAUUUCCUGUAAUCCAUCCAAUCAAUGAAAUGAUAGCAAUAGCAUAUAACUUCUCGGAAGUCAGCUAGGUAGUUUGAGUUUAUUGCAGGAAAGCAGUAUGAAGCCAAGCGUGCUGACAGCAUAUGUUGAACAUGCGACAUUAUUCCCUACAUAACAUUUAUUUUGAAUGUAAUUGGAGCAUUUCUGUA